AUGUUCACGAUAGCGGCAGAGGACAUGGACUGUGGAACCACGCCACAGGGCCAAGGUCAGGGUCAGGGCCUUACUAUUGGCUGCGAUGCGUCCUUCAUGUCGUCGCGCAGCAAAGUAGACGCCAAAUACCCAAACAUAGGUAGAGGGCUGUUUCUGGCGGUUACGCAGCGCCAGCUUGGGAAACGCAAGGCCAUGCAGGGUCGACCCCGCCACACACUCACCAGGCACCCCAUGUCCCGUAGACACCAUCGCCCAAACGUCAUCACAACACCAACUAUAUUUUGGGUUCCUGUUUUCAAAGAGUCGUGGUCGCCAUCGGGAAAAGGGUACCGGCUGAGGCUAACAAGACGAUCAAGCUCGGUGAUUGUAGCCCUGUAA